GAGCCGACCGCCUUAUAUUGAAAUUCUCUCCCCCACCCCCACAAAAAAAAAGGAACGAAUUUCCCGUAGAAAAAUGAAUUCUCUUGCUUAAAAGUUGGUUUAAUCUUUAUAAAAAGGAAAGCACAGAAAGAGUUUCCCUUUUAUAAUUUUCUUUAGGGGUUUGGUUCCCCCCCCUUAGAUUCCAAACACAAGGUAAGGUAAAGGUGGCGAGGUUUUUGAAGCGGAAAGCUUGAGGUUGUCUUUGUCGUUGUUCGUCUUCGUUCAUUGCGUGGAAUUUUCUCGGGAAACAAGCAGAAGCUGUUGUGAACGGAAAAAGGGAAAGCGAAGAGAAAAGGAAACAUGAUGAUGAUGUCAUCAGCUUCAUCAUCAUCAGCCGCGGUAGCUGUAGACAAGGCAACGAGCGAUCUUCUAAUCGGUCCUGAUUGGACUAUGAACAUCGAUAUUUGUGAUUCUGUGAAUUCUAAUCAUUGGUCAGCAAAGGAUGUUGUAAAAGCUGUGAAGAGAAGGUUGCAGCACAAGACUUCUAAAGUUCAAUUACUAGCCUUGACGCUUCUGGAAACAAUGGUGAAGAAUUGUGGUGAUUACGUCCAUUUUCAGAUUGCCGAGAGGAAUGUAUUGGGGGAGAUGGUCAAAAUUGUGAGGAAGAAGGCGGAUAUGCUAGUGAGGGAUAAAAUUUUGACACUGUUGGACUCUUGGCAAGAGGCAUUUGGUGGUCCGGGGGGUAAACAUCCUCAGUACUACUGGGCAUAUGAUGAGCUAAGGCGUUCGGGAGUAGAAUUUCCCAAGCAUUCAUCAAAUGCAGCUCCCAUCUUUACACCACCUGCUACACAUCCAACCAUGAAUCCUGGUUAUGGAAUGCCAAACAAUUCUUCUAGAAGGCUUGACGAAACAAUGGCUACAGAUAUUGAAAGUUUAAGUUUGUCUAGCUUAGACUCUAUGAGGGAUGUUAUGGAGCUCUUAACUGACAUGCUGCAAGCUGUGAACCCCAGUGAUAGUGCGGCAGUGAAAGAUGAAGUGAUAGUUGAUCUUGUCACUCGAUGUCGAUCCAACCAAAAAAAGCUGAUGCAAAUGCUGACAACUACUGGGGAUGAGGAACUUUUAUCUCGAGGCCUUGAAUUGAAUGAUGGUCUGCAAAGCUUGCUUGCGAAACAUGAUGCCAUCUCUGUAGGUUCCCCCUUGCCAGUUGAGGCUGCUGGAGCAAGUUCCAAGCCUACUGAAGCAAGUAGCUCCAACAAAUCAAAUGAAGUGAAGAGCCCGGCAUCUAAUAUCAGUCCACCUAAUAUCAGUCCGCCUAAUAUCAGUCCACCUGGACCCGUUGCUACUGUGACAAGAAGCCAGAUCGAUGAAGAGGAAGAAGAGGAAGACGAUUUUGCACUGCUAGCUAGAAGGCAUUCCAGAGCACAGUUCCCGUCUUCUCAGAGUGCAUCUGCUGGAACAAGUAGGGCCAUUGUGCCAAUCAGCAAUGCCACUGCGGAAACUUCAUCUGUGUCGACUGCCUCAACCACUAUUCCGAGCAAUGCUUUAGCUUUACCAGAUCCACCUGCACCAGUUAGGACUUCAAAAGACCAGGACUUGAUUGAUCUUUUAAGCCUCACCCUGUCAACGACAUCGGCUUCCACUCCCCAUACCCCUCCAACGCCAUCUUCAUCUCACCAAAAUAUGCACCAAGGUACUCCUAACAGCCAGGGAUAUCCUUAUGCUUCCCAAACCUACACUGGAAGUCAGGGACUAGCGGCAUACAAUAGUUAUGUUGUUCCAUGGGCUCAACCUCAGACACCACCUCAGAAACCAUCCCAGCCUCAAUACCAUUCCCAGCAGAACGUACAAGCAUCACCUCCAAUGGACCCACAAUCCCAAUCACAGACCCAGUUCCAAGCAAGACAUCAAAUUCAAACUCAAAAUCAGUUGAAUUCACCAUUGCAGGCCCGACCUCAGUUUGAAACACAGCCCCAUCAUCAAUUCCAGCCACAAUCCCCAUCCCAAAGGCAGUCUCCGCUCCAAGCACAACAGCAAACUCAUCGUCAACCCCAGGCACAACCCCCAACUCAAAAUCAGUCAUAUGGACAACCUCAAUAUCAACCAUAUUUUCAGCCUCAGUAUGGGUAUCCUCCUCCACCAUGGGCUGCUACUCCUGGUUAUUUCAGUGGCCAAAAUCACCAUUCUUCUGCAACCAUGUUCUCUGCUCCCCGAGCAAAUAGCAUCACAUCAAAUUCUCCCACGGCAACCAGACCCUCGCAACAUAAUAGUUCAUUCCCUGCAAGAGAAACAAACGGAGGAGCACCAAUGAACGGAGAUGCUUGGACGAGUACCGGUCCGAGGAACGCCCCUCCUGCUAUGGGACAAAAGCCCUUUAUCCCAUCAUACCGAUUGUUUGAAGACUUGAAUGUGCUUGAUGGUAGGCAUAAGAUGACAACAAGCAGUAGUACAUCUGCUAACCUGUCAGGUAAUAACACACAAAGCAUGGCUGGUAGGAGGAAGUAAGGAAAUUGUAUUAGGGGGUCGAGCUGUAUGCGUAGGAUAUAUGUCCAUGUUAAACCUCUGGUGUAAAUUCGUAUCGAAGACGCGGGUUUGUCUUUUUCAGAUUGAUGAGCCUUUGGAUUUUGUGUUUUAGAAUUGAUUUGUGAUUCAAUAUUAUUGUUGUUAUAUUAGUAUGGUUUGUCUGGUUUGGUGCCUU